AUGAACUCCAAACCCGAUGGACAACAGUCUAAGUACCAACUGUCCAAAGAAACUGCUGGCCUCCAUUCAACGGAUUUAUUGCCUCAUAAUUUAUCCGGACAAGCUCCAACCAGAGAGUUUCUGUUAAAAGUCGUUGAUAUCUUAGUAGAUUACAUCAAUGACGUUAACGACAGAGACGAAAAAGUAUUGCAUUUUAAGCACCCCGAAGAGAUGUUACGACUGCUGAAAUUGGAUAUUCCCGACGAAGGUGUGCCGUUGCAAAAUCUAAUCGACGAUUGUAGUCUAACACUCAAGCAUCAAGUAAAAACAGGACAUCCAAGAUUUUUCAACCAGCUCUCGUGUGGUCUGGACAUCGUGUCCAUGGCCGGCGAAUGGCUGACGGCAACGGCAAAUACGAACAUGUUCACGUACGAAAUAGCUCCUGUGUUUAUUCUCAUGGAAAACGUGGUGUUGACCAAGAUGAGGGAAAUCAUCGGGUGGAAGGGCGGUGACUCGAUUUUCGCUCCAGGUGGAUCGAUAUCGAACAUGUACGCGUUUUUGGCAGCCCGGCACAAAAUGUUCCCUGGAUACAAGGAACAAGGACUUCACUCUAUCAAAGGACAACUGGUCAUGUACACGUCGAACCAAUCUCAUUAUUCGGUUAAGAGUUGUGCUUCAGUAUGUGGUCUAGGAACGGACAAUUGCGUCGAUGUACCAAGCGACGAAAGAGGCCGCAUGAUACCUUCUGAACUGGAGCGCCUCAUAUUGGAAAGAAAAUCCAAAGGCCACAUACCAUUUUUCGUCACUGCCACUGCUGGCACGACCGUUCUUGGUGCAUUUGAUCCAAUCAACGAAAUUGCGGAUAUUUGCGAAAAAUAUAAGAUGUGGCUUCACAUCGAUGCUGCCUGGGGAGGAGGAUUGCUUCUAUCUCGCAAGUACCGACAUCCCCGUCUGGAUGGCAUUGAACGGGCUAACUCGGUGACUUGGAAUCCACACAAAUUGAUGGGCACCCUACUCCAGUGCUCCACAAUACAUUUUCGAGAGAAUGGACUGUUGAUCAGCUGCAACCAAAUGAGCGCGGAAUACUUGUUUAUGCAAGACAAACUAUACGACAUCCAAUACGAUACAGGUGAUAAAGUAAUACAGUGUGGUCGUCACAACGAUGUGUUUAAACUUUGGCUUCAAUGGCGUGCCAAGGGUAAUGAAGGUUUCGAAAAACACAUGGACCACUUGAUGGAACUCAGUGAAUACAUGGUGGAGAAAAUUAAGGCAUCGCCAGACAAAUAUUAUUUGAUCCUCGAGCCGGAAAUGGUGAACGUCAGCUUUUGGUACGUACCAAAGCGCCUGCGGAACAUCCCACACUCGCCGAAACGUGCGGAAAGCCUUGGCCAGAUCACGCCGGUUCUGAAGGGCAAAAUGAUGGAAGUCGGCACUUUGAUGGUCGGAUAUCAGCCACUGAACGAGUUACCGAACUUCUUCAGAAACAUAAUAUCUAGCGCCGCGGUCACCAAGGAAGACGUGGACUUUUUGCUGUCCGAACUGGACCGUCUGGGACAAGACCUCUAA